AUGUCCACCUACGAAGUGGAACACAACACCACCGACCCCUCCACCACAACCCCCAACAACAACACCACCACCAGCAACACAACCCCCCACCGCCACCGUCGUCCCGACCUCUCAACCUUCUUCUCCGCCCUCUCAGAAAUCACCCCAGACGAAGCGCGCCAUCGUCCCCAUGCCGUCCCCGUUCCCCGAGACGUCAGUGCAGCAUUCUAUUCCCUAGCCGAGGCAUUGGACGUGAUGCGCCGCGACGGCGGCGGCGGCGGAACAGCGAUCCCCAGCGCGAUCGGAGAAGUGGAAGGCGGCGAUGAGAACGACCUCCUCACAACGAUGAUUCAGAGUCUGCUUAGCACGGCGGAAAUGCCUCCUAGGGAGGUGGAGGGCGCGAGUGAGGAGUUUUGUGAUAUGCUUGAUCGCGUCCCCCGCACGCAAUUGAACUCUUCCCAGGUCUGCCCGAUAUGCAAUAACCCGUUCCUGGAGGAUCAGUAUCCGCUUGUGGUGCGGUUGCCGUGCCAUCCGACGCAUUUGUUUGAUUUGGAGUGCGUGAGGCCGUGGUUGAGGCUUAGGGGGACUUGUCCGCUUGAUCGGACGGAUUUCGCUAAGCAGGAGAGGGAGAAGGUCGAGGCGAGGAGGAAGUUGGCGGAGGAGGAUGAGGAGGAGGAGUGGGAUGGGAUGUAUGCUUGA